UGCAAGGAAUGAACAGACUGUUUGUGUUAUAUAGGGAGUUGUUCUCCUCUCUGAGCAGCGAGUUGUGUGCUGUUAUUUUCAGACGGAGUGUGAUCGAGGCGGUGUACAACAAGCUGAACCCUCACAGAGAAGAGGAAGGGGCCUGUGCGGGGGGAGAGGAGGAGAGUGAGGAGGGAGGUGGCAGCACGGCGGCUCAUCUGCUGGAGGCUCUGCGGCAGUUCCGCCUGCACCACCGGGGGCAGUACCGCACGGUGCUGGAGGAGUCCCUGGCCGCCUACCACCUGCGGGGGGAGAGUGCUGCGGAGGGAGCAGGGGAGGGCAGAAGGAACUUCGGCGACGACGAGGGCGACGAUGAUGACAACGACGGCCAGCAGCAGACCGCCUCCCCUCCCACUCCCCCCUCGCCCCCGCCCUCACCCGCCACUGCAGAGCCGGAGGCCAGCCAAGAUGCGCCCGCCCCUGAGUUCAAUCCCUCCUUUGACUGA